CCCAUCUACAUAAUGACUGAGCAGAGGUCCGGACCAGCGUCUGUGUCACAGGGUUUUGUUCACCAUAUAGCAGGAGUACAGCCCUCUGAAAGAAGGAGACUUUUUGUUACUGGUCUAAACCCCAAGGAUUCGGUCGGCUUUUAGAUUCAGGAAAAUACCUGAAUCAUUUACACCCGACCGCUAGUGUGUGUGAGAGAGCAUGUAUACGUGUGUACGAGUCUGUGCGUGCAAGACCGAGACAGCGUGAGAGUAGCUCUUAGCUCCGCCAUCAAUAACGGAUAGAAAAAGAAAUCGGAUCCCUUUUUUCCCCAGAACAUUUUUUUAGGAAUGAACGCGGAGACGUGCGUUUCAUACUGUGAUAUGGCAUCCAUGGAUUCGUAUUAUAGCCCGUCUGCACCCCAAGGCACGGAUCACCAAGGAAACCCUUUUAGGACAUUCCAGGCAAGUGAUACCAAAUACAGCCCCACUUUCAUGGCCAACAAAGGUCAGGUUUUUGGGGAAAAGUCGCGAAGCCCUUUCCAACAGGAUUGCCCGUCAUUGGAUGCGACAUCUGAGGAAGGCACCUUCCACAAAUACCACAUUUUCAUGCAAAGGUCUUCUUGCAAAACUCCUCCAGAAGACAGCAAACUUCACCAAGACAGCGGGCACGGCGGAGCUCUCAUCCCUUGCUAUGCCAAAGAGAGGACUGGUCUGAUAGAUUCAGACCUUUCCCCAAACAUCGACCCAACGGCGAUGGAGGGAGGCUACCUUAGUGUCAAGGAUCCUGGGGUGAAAGGCUCCCAAGAGAGGCCGGGCCCCGAGCUGACAGGGCCACUGGAGAAGGCUGAGGGCGAGAGCAACAAGGGCAAGAAGAGACGCAACCGAACUACAUUCACCAGCUACCAGCUGGAGGAGCUGGAGAAGGUGUUCCAGAAGACGCACUACCCGGACGUGUAUGCACGUGAACAGCUGGCACUUCGCACGGACCUGACUGAGGCACGCGUGCAGGUGUGGUUCCAAAACCGGCGAGCCAAGUGGAGGAAGAGGGAGCGCUUCGGACAGAUGCAGCAGGUCCGCACGCACUUCUCCACCGCCUACGAGCUGCCGCUGCUCACACGGCCUGAGAACUAUGCACAGAUCCAGAACCCUUCAUGGAUCGGGAGCAGCAGCACAGCAUCCCCGGUGCCAGGCUGCGUGGUUCCCUGCGACACGGUCACCUCCUGCAUGACGCCCCACCCCCACGCAGCCAGCGGCGUCUCCGACUACCUGGGGGCACCCAGCCCUGGGGGCCCCGUGGGACAGACGCACAUGGGCGGCCUGUUCUCCGGACCAGGAAUGGGUUCCGGCAUCAAUGGCUACGACCUCAACAUGGACCCUGACCGCAAGACGUCCAGCAUCGCGACGCUGCGGAUGAAGGCCAAGGAGCACAGCGCAGCCAUCUCCUGGGCCACAUGAGACCCAUAAGCCCCUGGGAGGCCAAUCAGUGGUCCAGCCAACAUGAGACAAAAGUAAACACUCAGCUUGCCAAGCAUUAACCGCCGUUUGAACUGUAACCCAAAGAAAACUACAAAUCUAAACUAAAAACAACAACCUUAGUAAUUAGAAUCGUCACUCCGGAAUCCUUGAGGCCUCUCACUAUUUCCGGAGCCUCCCUUGGGAGAUCCGAGAGGCAGGUGAUGAGGGGAUUCACAGAGUUGGCUGGCCUGGCCAAUCAGAGACAGCUACCGAUUCACGACAAAGGUACGCCAACCGAAAGCCAGUCGAGAGGUGAGUAGGACCAGCCAUCGCUCCCAACUCAAGAAGGUCAUGGAUGUUUGCGGCAUCAAGUACAACCACUGUCUGGGUUGGAUGAUGUUUACAAUGAAAAAAAGAAACAUUGAGAAAACUCAAUGAAUGAGGUAGAUUAAUUACAAACACAAAUUUCAUGUUAAAGUAUGCUGGAUGCCAAAACUGUUCUAGAGGUUUCUAAAGACUUUGUUAUUGGUCAGUACACAUAUUUACAGAAAUAUUUCCCCAAAAACUGCCGUUCAUUUCUGACACAGACCCCAUCACCUGGUCUCUUUACUGGCAGGCCAGCAUGCAGGGAGGUGACCAUCGACCCACACAUCACUACAUCCGAUGGAAACAAACACCCAGUGAGCUUGUAGUAAUUAAUCUGCACUGUCAGUCACAUCACGCUGAGCCAAAUGACAGGUGACUUAGAUGCUCCACUAAGUGGCAUGACUGACACAGCCACUCACAGCGGAUCUUCUCUCAAGCUCUAUCCAUGUCGUCACUAUGGACCUGAUAAAUCUUCCUAAGGAAGGUCUAGAUACACAUCAGGAACAGCUCAAACGCAUCAGAUUUAAGUCAGAUAUAUGCCAACACAGUCAUCAUGUUUCAUUCGGGAUGUGAGACUAAGGGCUGAUAUAGAUCCCAUCACAGCUGGACAGAGACCAUAGUACAGAACACCAAGGUCUACAAGUUUAAGGUUCAAGUUUUCAACCACAUUUUAUAGCGCCAAAUUUUAGAAAAAUAACUUCUUUGGAAAUACAAAAUAUUUGGAAAUCCCUUUUCCAUUAUCACAGUAAAAUAAAAGUGAACAGCAGUUAUGACCAAAAAAGUUUUAAUUUCAUUCCUGGAACAUAUCUUUGUUUUCUGAUCACUUCUCACAUUUGUACUAAAUCAAGUGGCUUCCGUAGAUUAGAAUCUCAGACAAAACCUCCAGCUCCUGAUGUUCCAUAGAUGAAGGUUCUGAAUAUACAACAUUACCUUGCUAAGACUGGAGAAAUAAUAUGGGGAGCUUCUCCUAUUUUCUCCCACUUCAUCAUUUGCCCAUAAAUGGCUUCCUUGCACUAUAUAUUAUCUUCCAAUCACUGAUCCUGUAAAAGGCCAAUGGGAGGGGCCUGGAGCCUAUCCCAGCCAGCAUAGGGCACAAGGAUGGGCAACGCCCAGUGUUAGAUACCACUCCAUGGCAGGACAUGCACACAGGCACACACCAGGAUAUUUACAGACAGUGAGGCAUGGGAAUUUUGGGAGUAAACCCACAAAAUACAGGUGCAGCAUGCAAACACCUCAUAGCCAUGGCGCAACCCAGGAGGGAUGAGGCACAAUGCAAAGCCUAUUAUGGGUCCAUUAACUUCAACAGCAUAGCAUAUUGAUAAAUAGGCGUAACUGUCCCACGUAAAGAACAUGACCUUAUGCCAGAAUAAGAGCAAACACAGCAACAUAGGAGCUACUUCUGCGCUGGGAGUUCAGCCUCAUGCAUCUCAGCACCGCAGCAAAUCAUUAGAUGUGAACAGCCCAGUCUGGAUGUUACUGGCACCCUUAAGAUUUCUGCUGCUGCGUUAAUGGCUGUAUUUGUGUCGGGGAGGGGGGCGGAGGGCUAGGGAGGACCACGCAGCCCCCAUGCUUCAGGAAGGACAGUGCAGGCAGUUGUGCUGGGGGGCCGAUGUAAAACAAACAUAUCCCACACGGGGCUCCCCUUUCAGCGCCGUGGGGCUCUGUGUCGCUCCCCCACUGACAAGCGGCAUUUUAAUUAAGGCCAGGUUCUCUGUGGACAGGGACUGUUGGUGCGAGAGCCUCAGAGUGGCUGCAGAACAUGGUCAUACUGGGCUGCUUUUUGGGCCAGAAAUAGGAGUCAGCAAAAGGCAACACUGAAUCCAGCAUAAUUGCUUAUUUUUAGUUGUCAUCUAUAUAGUUUAUCUUAAUCCUCCCAACUAGCAUUUGGUUAAUCACAUGGAAACGUUACAGGAAUGUAGCAACAACUAGUCCAUCUAUCUGACAUCUGCAUGGAUCCCAACCAGAAAAACUCACUACCUCACAGGCCAGCACUGUCACAUCACACCUCGAAGCUGGGGAGUCCGCAUCCUCCCCCCCCCCCCCCCCCCCCGUCCUGGGUGUCCUGCGGGAAUCCUCCAACAGCCAAAGCCAUGCAGCCCAGCACACUGGCAUCUCUCGAUUGCCUACAGUACAUGAGUGCAGUUGGGAUUCCCUGUGAUGGACUGGAAUCCUGCCGAGGGUCAUACCUGAAUAAGCAGUAAGCAAAAUGGACAUGUCCAAAUAUUGUGGAGAUCCAGAGUUCAGAAGCAGUACACUCAUAGUGCAGGAAAAGAUUUAGCUCAGGUGAACCGGCAAACAUCUUUGGGGGCAACCCAGAGAUUGUGAAGGGAAUGCAAUGUGCCUGCAGCUCGAGGUCACAGAGAUGCCGCUCUUAGACACUAUUAUGUUAAUCCCCCCGAAUUACUACAAGUGCCCAUUCACCUGCAAAGACGAGUAAAACUAAAUUAAUUAAAUGAAACACCCCCAUCUGGAUUCACUCACCUCAUCCCAUGUUCGCCAUUGCAAAUCACUGUUAGAGACCGUGACAAGGCUGACAGUAUUUUACAUUUAAGUUAACCCUCAAUUAAAAAUUGUCCCCUACACUUCUAAUACUACUGAAGUAAAAAAUGUUACACAAUGUAUUAUAUUAUUAAUUUUGGAGUCAUGUGUUACUUUUCUAUGCAAAUGAACUGAUGUAUUUGCAGUUUUAAACUAAGCAUCUUUAUAAAUCUAACUUGUUGUAAAGUAUUAUUGUACCUUAGGAGAAAAUUUAAGGUUAUUUUUUGUUUGCAUUUGAUUUAACCCAGGCUUUAAUGGCUUCAAAUUUGUAUAUAAACAUUAAGUUUUUACAGCUGUAAGCUGGAUUUUACUGCAUUUAAAUGUCUUACCUUUAA